AUGAAAGAAAUAAAAAGCUUGUUAGUUAAAUUAGAAAAUGAAAUAGAUAAUUUAAAUUUAAGAGCGGUAGGAAUUAAAACAAAAGAUCAAAUUAAAAUAGAAGUAGAUAAAAUGUAUGCUUUUUAUACAUUAGAAAUGUGUAAGUUGAAAUUAAAAGGGAAAGAUUUUUCUGAAUGUAAAGAAGCUCUUUUAAGAACAAAAUCAAUCUAUGAAAAAUUAAAGUCUCUCAAAUAA